CUCGCAAGUCAACAGCGAAAAUGUUGUAUGAGCCCGAAACUAGUUAUAAUGAAAUUGACAAGACUUGGAGGUCCGAAAAAGAGAAGCUACCAUUCGGUGAGGACUUGUCCAUAGGUGAAAUAAUCUUUCAACAAAUGCAAGUUCAUUCCAAGGAUGUAGCACAGAUAUCGGACUCGGAGGAGACGAUUCUUUUGCGGGAGGAUUUGCAGAGAAACGCCAUUCGCAUAGCCACUUUUAUGCGCAACUUGGGACUGACUGAAUCGGACAUUGUGGGCGUUAUAGCCAGGAAUACCACCCAUAUCUCGGCCGUGGCCUAUGCCUGUUUUUUCAAUGGCAUCGCUGUGCACUCGCUCAACACCACAUAUAUACCGGAAAUUAUUGAAAAGCUCUUCGCGAUAACCAGGCCUCGAUUAAUAUUUUGCGAUGGUGAUGAGUUUGAGAAAGUUCGCGAGGCCACCGCGAAGUUGGACGUUAAGAUAGUGACAAUGCGCAAUCAUCCAGCUGGGACGCUUAGAAUCGAUGAGGUACUGAAGACGCCAGCGGAAGAGGGCUUUAAGCCCACUCGCUUAAAAGGGGGAACCACCCACCAAUUGGCCAUACUCAGCACUUCUGGCACCACCGGCACACCAAAGGCCGUGGUUGUGACCAAUAGCCGCUCAAUCCUUAAUGGUUUCACCAAGCUCACCACCGCAGAUGUUCAAUACUCAUCCAGCACUCUCGAUUGGGCUUCGGGCCUACUGACCUUGGCCUCAGCCGGAGUCUUCAGCACGAAGCGCAUUGUCUCCGAAAACCCCUUCGCUCCCUCGGAGGCCCUUCGCAUAGUCGAGAAGUACCAGGUCACCUGGGUUCUGCAGGCUCCGGCGCAAGUGGCGGCCAUUGUUAGUUGUACGGACUUCGAGAAGGCACAACUUCAGAGCUUGCGUUAUUAUCUCUACACCGGUGGACGAUGCACCAUGGAGGUGCAGAAGAGACUGGGCAGGAAGAUUGGCAACAAGAUCCUGCACUUUGGCUAUGGAUUCUCUGAAAUAGGAUCCUUUGGCUGCCUCAACUGGCACUUCGAUGCGAAGCCCAGUUCGGUGGGAAGGCCGUGUCCUGGCUACGAACUGAAGAUCAUCGACGAUCAAGGCGAAAAACUGGGACCCAACGAAGAGGGCGAGGUAUGCGUAGACAUGGGAAGCUUUUGGCCAGGAUACUACGGAAAUCCCGAGGCCACGGACAAGGUGUACAAGGACAACUGGAUUCACAGCGGCGACCUGGGAUACGUUGAUAGCGAUGGCUUCCUGUACAUCGUGGAGCGAAAGAAGGACCUGCUCAAGUACCAGAGCAACAAGUACUAUCCGCAUGAGUUGGAGGAACUAAUAGCCGGAAUGCCCGGCGUAGUCGAGGUCUGUGCCUUUGGCAUUUGGAACGUUGAGAACGGCGACGAGGCAGCGGCCACCAUCGUCAGGAAGCCAAAUGUCCCUUUUAGCGAACAGGACGUGCUGGACUAUGUGGCCCAGAAUGCGAACACCAAGUUCCUGAGACUACACGCCGGCUGCCUAAUUGUUGACGAUCUGAAGAGAAGUCCCAAUGGAAAAACAAAUCGUGCCGCCAACAAGGAACACUUCAUUCGGGCGAAGGGUAUUCAGUUAGUUACUUAAUAUAAUAUGAUAUAGAAAGAGCCUAACCUACCUCAAUAUGUUAAUAACUCUCUUAAUUAUAUUGUAGGUAAUA